AUGUUAAAAAAAGGAAAUAAUUCGACUUCAUCCACACAGCAACGAUCGUCUGCGGGUCUAUUUUCUGCACUGAUCAACAAUUCAAUCGAAGACACCGAUCAAGAUGAUUUCAUGCCGACAACACAAAAACGCCCGUCUCAAAUCAAUACACAAACCACAAAAAGAAAACUAUCAACUUCAUUCAAGACUACGUCAAAUCCCGUUGAGAAGAAACGAACCAAAAAAAGUAGUCUUUUCCAUGAUGUUGUCUCAGUGCCAUCAACGACCAUCCAGCAAACAAAAUCUGCAUCUCCGCCACCACCAUGGCUUGAUUUACCUACCGAAAUUAUUCAACACAUCUUCUCUUACAUUCCAACUAAGACAUUAUUAACACAAAUCGCAAGAGUAUGUCGAAAAUGGUACAACGUUAUCCAAGAUGAAAGAUUUUUUCGUUGGGCAAAAAUUCAUCUACGUUAUGAAUACGAAGAUAUUCUGACAUUGAAAAUGAUCGAUCAGAUGAUAACUCCUACAAAUAAUGUGCUUCAAACUAUUCUUCAACGACUAUCUUCAAUAAUUAUCGCCGAUGUCAUGGAUGAAAGAACCGUUCAAUUCAAAUUUUCCUCAUCGAUACUUAUGCAAUUGAGUACACAAUUGAAAAAACAUGUCCUCUACCAAUAUGCCAUCGAUCUUUUAUCAAAAAAUAAACAUCAACAAGAUUUUCAUUUAUCUAUUUUCAAUGAACAAAUUUACAAUCCACUGUGCGUAACAGCAGGAAUUUAUAUAUUGUCGGACAAUAUCGAUUCAGUUCGAAAUCUACUUCAUCUAUGGAUGACAGUGUCACAAUUAAAAUACGAAGUGAUUAUGGAUUUCUUCUAUUUUCUUUUAACAUUAUUUUCUGGUGCUACUCGAUUACACGAUUUACAAUUUCGGUAUCCAUAUCGAUUAUAUUAUUGUUUAAAAGAAAUUGAAGAUCGUACAUUAAUUCAGUUCAAUCCAAUUUCUCAGCAUAUUCUCAACAAUGAUCUUUCUUACACGACGUAUUCAUCAAUUUUAUCAAAAUUGUUGUUGACACACGAACAAGAAACAAUCGUCUGCCAGAAUCUAGAAAAUCGAGAAACAAUGAAGAUCAAUGCCUAUGCUGGAACAGGUAAAACGACGACUUUGAUCGCCUAUGCUGCAAAACGAAUGGAUGAAUCAUUUCUGUACAUCGCUUACAAUAAAUCCAUUCAAACCCACGCAGAAAAAGUCUUUCCACCGAAUGUCAAAUGUCAAACAAUUCAUUCGAUCGCUUAUUCGAAAAUCGGUCGUCAAUUCGAUGGCUAUUUGGGCAACUUGCGGAUCAAAAACAUCGUAGAUAUUGUCACUGAUCGAGCACCUAUCGGUGAGAAGGGUCGAUCGAUUAAUGCAAUAUAUGUUCGUGCCCGCUAUGUAUUCAAUACACUAAAUAAUUUCAUCGCAUCAGCUGAUCCACAAAUAACCGAUGAACACGUGGAAGAUUUACCAUCAAGUGGAUUCACUUUAAUACCUCAAGAAAAACAGAAUCUAGCUGCUGAUGCACGAUGUAUCUGGGCGAUUAUGAAAAAUGUUCGAGAUACACGUGUAUUAAUGACGCAUGAUGGUUAUCUAAAAUUGUAUCAAUUAUCCAAACCACAAAUACAAAUUUAUGAUUGUUUAUUUGUCGAUGAAGCACAAGAUCUUACUCCAGCGGUUACCGAUAUUAUCAAUAAUCAACGUGUUUCGAAGAUACUCGUCGGAGACAAACAUCAACAAAUCUACGCUUUUCGCGGCGCUGUCAACGCCAUGACGCUAAUUCAAUCGACCAUCACAUAUUAUCUAACUCGGUCAUUUCGUUUUGGUUAUGAUAUAGCAUUUAUAUCAAAUCUUAUUCUACAAAGAUUAUGCAAUGAGAAAAAAUACCUCGUUGGAAACAAUAAACAGAAUUUUCUUGAUGGUCGAUCUGCAUCAACCGAUAAAGUUUGCACCGAACAAAAAGCAUAUCUAUUUCGAACAAAUUAUCAUCUGUUUAAUUGUGCUGUACAACUGAUUAUUGAGAAAGGUUUGAAGAAUGUGGGUUUUGUUGGCGGGAAAGAAGCGAUGGGCUUCGAUAAGAUUCUUGAUGUAUUCUAUCUUUGGCUGAGCCCUGAAGAACGUCGGCAGAAGAAUUACCAGAUACGAGAUCCUUUACUACAAUCGUUUUCAUCGUUUCAAACCUUCGAAAAAUUUUCCCAAGAAGCUGCUGACAAUGAACUCAUAGGCAAAAUCAAGCUUGUUAACCUCCACCGCCACUCGAUCAUCGACAAAAUCAAACAAAUACUAGACAAAUCGUGUGCGGACAUAUCUCAAGCUAGCAUCGUUCUUUCAACUGCGCACAAAGCAAAAGGUCUAGAAUUUCCGAUUGUUGUCUUAGCUGAAGAUUUUCUUCCGCGUUCAUCCGAUGCAACACUUGAACAAUUAUCACCUGAUGAUCAUCGAGAAAAUAUAAAUAUUCUUUAUGUUGCAGCCACGCGUGCAACAAAAGAACUCAUCAUUAAUUCGGAUCUACUCUAUUUACUUUACAAGAUGUGUCGAGAACCUAUUUAUGAUCUGUCGUUUUCGUCUCAAUCAGAAAAAUGUGCUAGCUGUCUGACAGAACAAAAGACAACUGACGAAAAGAAACAAGAGAUUCUUUUUAAGUUUAAACAACUUCAAUUGUCAACGAAUACAACGACGGCAGGAGAAUAUUCUCCAUUGCCAAUAUGUGUGAAACAUUUACCUAGUUCCUUUGUAUCUAUAGCUGAACUUUAUCAAAAUGUCUAA